AAAAAGGAAGAAAAAAGAAAGGGAAUCAAAGAUUAAAUUAUGGCAAAGUUGUUCCUUAAAGCAGUGAUGUGAUUUACAGAAUUUAAAUCUUGCUUUGUGCCCACUUAUUCUGGAGCUUGUCUAUAUAUCUCAACAGAUUGGUCUGCCCUCUGCUGUGUUUUUAAGCACAAGAAAAUCAUCCUCUAAAACUCAGAGUUGUUGAGAGGCCUAGCUAGCUCAGCCCAGCCUCCUAGUGUGACUCACAGAAAUGGCGGACGUGAAGGGGUGUGGCGAAUGGAAGCCUUUUAUUGCCAUGGUAGCAAUCGAUUUCUCGUUCGCUAUAGUGAAUAUUCUGCUCAAGAAAGUGCUCGAUGAGGGAAUGAACCAUUUGGUUCUUAUAACGUACCGGUUGACGAUUGCUACCAUUUUCUUAGCACCAGUUAGCUACUUUGGGGAAAGGAAUACUAGACCAAAGCUCACAAUUCGCAUCACAUGUUUUCUCUUCUUAAGUGCAAUUCUUGGGACAUCCCUAACACAAUACUUCUUUCUCCUCGGAAUCCAAUACACAUCUGCGACUUUUGCCUGUGCCUUCGUCAACAUGGUGCCGGUGAUCACUUUCAUAAUGGCGUUACCGUUCGGGUUAGAGAAAGUGAACUUAAAAUGCCACAGCGGGAGAGCAAAAGUGCUCGGUACACUGGUGUGCGUCGGUGGUGCUUUUAUACUAACUCUUUACAAAGGAGUUCCUCUAUUUGAUUCCUCAAAAUCCACAGUUAGUACUCAAACCAUAGAUCAUGGAAUUCAGCUGAGGUCAACGCGAAACCAUGGGGGAUGGACGAUUGGUUCUAUAGCUUUGGUUGGCGGAACCCUAUUGUGGUCUUCAUGGUUUCUUGUUCAAACAAACAUUAGCAAGAUGUAUCCUUGCCAGUAUUCUAGCACCACAAUAAUGAAUUUCUUUGGUGCCAUUCAGUCUGCAAUCCUUGGUGUUUGCACAGGAAGGAACCUUUCCAUGUGGGUUCUGAGGGGAAGGACACAAGUCAUAGCUGUCCUGUUUUCUGGAAUGAUAGCAUCGGGAUUAGGUUUUGUGGGGAUGUCAUGGUGUGUGAGGAAACGGGGGCCGGUGUUUACUGCAGCUUUUAGCCCGCUCGUGCAGAUAAUGGUGGCCCUAAUUGGUAUCCCCAUCUUCCAUGAACUACUCCACCUCGGAAGCUUGUUAGGAUCUAUCGUUGUGAUCGUCGGCUUGUACAUUCUUCUAUGGGGUAAGAAAAAAGAGAUGCAGAAAUGUGCGACAAAACUAGUCCAAGAAUCUGAAGCAAUCAAAGAGCAGGAGCCGCAUUUAGCCGCCAUCACAGUCUCCGUUGAUUCGCGGUGUCCUUGAAGCCGAGUUUCAUAUGCUUUCAAGUUCAGAAGCCUUCAUUUUUUUCUUCCCAAUUGAUUCUUAUGGUCUUCUAGCCAGGAUCUUAAAGUAAAGUCAUCUGUCAUAACCGGAAUAAAAGUAGAUAAAAGUUUUCACCUCUUUAUCUGAUGGUUUGCAAAAUUUCCCCCAUGGUUCUUUGUGAGGCUUGUGGUAAUGAAUAUGUUAAAACAAAUUUGAAGGACUACCGGUUUUGUA